AUGGGUAUGGCCACUAAUCUAGGAGGAGCGUCCCCUUUACAGAUAGUUCCUCUCGUCCACAUACGGCGUUGUGCAACUCGUUACCGGGCCAUUCUUCAUGUCACGGUGAGAGAAGGGAGACGGGUGGGAGGGGGGAGAGAGGGGGGGAAGGCGAGGGGCGGGGGAGGGGGAGGAGAGGGGGAGGGGGAGGAGAGGGGAGGUGGAGGAGAGGGGGAGGGGGAGGAUGACUUCCGUGAAUGUCUGGAUGGGUGGGGGGUGUGGGGGAGUUGCCUGCUGCUCUAA